CGUCUCUUUCCGGCCCAAAAUGAAAAUAUAUAAACCUCAGUCCAUCCCACAUAUAUCCCUCUCCAUUUGCCUCUCCCUUCUUCCUUAUUCUCAACCAUGCAGUACCCUUUUGUACCCCCUCAUUUCCCCGCCGCCGCCGCCUCGAGUGGCGGCGGCAGCGACAGCAACUUCUCCCUCACAUUCGCGCCCGCCGCCAGGCUGGGCAGCCUGGUUUCGGAGAACGCGAUAAUUGUGUUCGGCCGGCGAGGCUGCUGCAUGAGCCACGUGGUGCAGCGCUUGCUCUUCGGCCUCGGCGUCAACCCCACCAUUUACGACCUCGACGAGGAGGACGAGCCCACCGUCGCUUACGAACUCUCCAGGAUAAUCAGCUGCGCAGCAUCCGGCGGCAGUAACCCUGCCGCCGUCCAGCUGCCGCCGUUCCCGGCGAUAUUCAUCGGCGGGAAGCUAUUUGGCGGCGUCGACGAGGUUAUUGCGGCUCAUAUUUCCGGCGAUUUGGUGCCACUUCUUAGAAGAGCGGGUGCCCUCUGGCUUUGAAUCACUAAUUACUCAUAUUAAAUUUUAUUUCCCCUU